CAGCACUGACCUAUAGAACUCAACUAUCAGCUGAGUAUAUUACGCAAUCAUACACCAGGCCAGUGAAGAGGGAAAGGAUUGAAAAAAGAAAAGUAGAUAUUUAAUUAAAUUUCUUAGGUUAUGUUUUUAAGAAAUUUUAUAUAUUUGUAAAUAAGUAAAAAUUAUUUUAGAAUAUUUUGGGUUGUGAGUUUGGAGAAAGGUAAUAAAAUUUGUAAUAUAUGUAGUUGGGAAAAUGACAUUCUGAAGUUAUGAGUGUGAAUGUUGCAGAUAACUGUCAAUUUUUUUUAGUUUUGAUUGAAUAAAUGAAAAAAAUUUGCUGAUCUGUUAUGAUAUGAAUUUUUGGUCUAUAUUUUUGGUAAAUGAUCAACAAAAAGAAAUAAAGUCUGUACAUAAUUAUAAUUAGUAAUUAAUAUAUAUAAUAAAAUUGUGAUAAAUAAAAAUGACGUGAUAAGAAAAAACGUAUGCUAAAAGUUUGAUAUAUAUAUAAAUAUUUAAUAAUAUAUGUAUACAUUAUAAAAAUGAAUGCAGUCAUAGCAAUGUGUACUUUUUGCGAAAUUCACGGCCCGAGAGUUAUAUUCGCAACUCAAACAUUUCGAACUUUUGAGGAAAAAGAAUCAAAUAAAAAACUCAAAUUUUAUGGACCCAAAGAAGUGAUGGAGCAAAGUUACGAUUUUUCAAUGUCUGAUGACUCUCGCAGCGAAUGUGACGGAUGCCGCAGUAUUGGAAAUGUUAAAUAUUUAAGUAACGAACAUGAAAGUAGAACAUCAUUUUUGUCAGCACGUCAACCGCUUACUGAAGAUAUCAAAAAUUUGCUGGGACAUGCGUGUAUAAGGAGUUUGAGCUGUGAGUUACAUUUUGGAAAAGACGGCAUCUGUUACUUUGGUGACGAAAGUCGAGGACAUGUUUUGAGUCACGCGUUUACAUUAAAGGACACCCAGGCACGUGGUAUAAGACGGUCUUGUAGUUUGAUUGUAUUCAUGAAAGACAAACAAUUUUUGCUCAACAUGUGGCCUUUUUUUGUUGACAAUCUCAAGCAAGUGAUACGCGAGCUUCAGGAUUUUGCAGAGCGUAAAUACAAUAUGGAUGAGGCUGAAAAUCCACAGCGAGCUGCUCGUUUAUCAUCAGUCAGUGAUGGAUCCAGUGAAAAUCGUACAUCCAAAGUAAUACCGCGAAGUCUUUGUGAAAUAACCAAUGAAAAACACGUAUUCGUCCGCAUCCAUAUGUGGUUUGUUUGGAUACUGAGUGCUGGUGCAAGACAUUUAGUUGAAAUCUGUCCCAUUUCAAAUGAUUUACUCGAAUCUCCACUUACUUAUAAUUAUUUAGCGCGUGAUCUACAAAGUAAAAUUGGACGUGCCACUGAAGGUUCAACAUCUGCCUUCUUAAUUAGCUACCAAGAUUUCAAAGAAAGUCCCGAGUUCACAGAAAUAUCGAAAAAAAAAUUAGCAACUUCUAUUCUUCGUAAUAUUAAAUCGUAUAUUAGUAAAGAACAAUUUAGACAAUUGCUGUACUCUAGUUUAACGGGGAUUCAAAUUCUUGUCAGAGGUCCUGCUGACAAAACACUUGAAGCUCUUUAUGCAUUAAGUUCACUAGUACCACGUGCUUGUCGAAGAAUAAAAAUAUACAAUAAUGAAUAUACUGAUAUAAAUGACUGUAAUUUUUUAGGAAUCGAUUCAUCAGCAGCUGUACCAGUUUGUUGUUCGAAUGUCUGUAGACUAGAUAUUGUUUCUAAUGAUCGAUUGACAUCUGAUACUAAGUCAUAUGUUGUAAAGUGGUCGGGAGUUUUACCAAACAAAUUACCGACACUUGUUCUCAAAUUAGAAAAGUACUUAGAUAAUGAUAAACUCGAUGAUGUUGUUUUGAAAGCGCAAUUCAUGGCCUUGCAAGAAGAAUGGGCAAAUAUUGCUAAAAUAGUGCAUACGAUGCGUGGUAAUGGUCAUCGUAGUGAUCUUACUGGUUUGAUUGUUAGUUUAGGGGCUGGACUACAUGACUAUUCGUUACUUGAUUCCUGGUCAAUGGGUUUACCUUCGAAUCCCGCUUAGUAAAUAAAAUAUCGGAUAAUGCAAUACCUCGUAAUGUCGCUCUGUAAUAUCGCGUAACUUCAUAAAUAGCAAAAAUGAGAUUUGAUGUUUACAGAAUGUAGAUUUUUUUGCAUAAUAUUCAUUAUUAUUGAAAAUAAAAAAUUAUUUUUAAACUUUAAUGUACAUUUUUUGUUCAAUGAGGUUGUACUGUUUUUAUAGAUGUUUUUGGUGAAAAAAAUAAUAUUGACGUCAGGUUAUUAUUUUUAAAUUUUUUUAAAUUACUUACAGCUGUUAUCAAUUUUGAAAAUUUGAAAAUUCUAAUUAUAAAUUGACAUGAAAAUUUUACUGAAUUUUAUUUAACAAAGUUCAUGUACUCCCAGUUGAUAUCAACUGUAAGUAAUUUUUUUUAAUCAAUUGAUGAACUUUUGAUACGCUUAUGACAAUUGAAAGUCAUUGAAAAUUUUUAAAAAGUGGGGGGCACUGUCUGAGAAUGACUUUAAAAAUUAUUAACUCAACCUAAGUAAUCAUCUUCAUAUAAAUACAAGAUCCCUUUUUUGAAUAUUUAAAUUACAGUCGAACUUCAUUAACUCGAAUUCCAUUAUCUCGGAAUUUCCCCUCAAUCUCGACCCCCACUACGAGUUACGCUUUCUCCCAUCCGAUGUUAUACAUUUGUACUCUGUAUAUAUUUUUAUCUAUGCACCAUCCAUGUGGAUGUGAGAGCGCAUGCGUACAGUUUACUUUUUAAAAAAGAAGGGGGAUCCGUUAACUGAGACAUUUCAAAAACUUACCCCUCCGUAGACUCUGUCCGAGUUAAUAAAUUUCGACUGUACACUUACAUGGACAAUUACAUAGUAUUUGAUUGAAGAUUUUCUAAUAUUUAUUUUCUUUUAUUCCUGUUAAAUUACGUUUCUAGUUGCGCGGUUCUGACAACUGAAGUUACGCGAUAUUGCACUAUCACCGACGAUGUAUUAUCUCCAUUAAUUACAUACGGUUGUGUAUUAAUUAUUUCUGAUAUUAAUAAACUAUUUAUUUAAUGUUUAAUAAAAGUA